GAAGCGGGACUUUAAAAGAGUUAAGGCAUUAUUAUUGAAAAGCCUCAUGGAACCUAACAAAGUGGCAUACAGAUAUCCUAUGACACUAUCUAACAAUGCCAAGUUUAUUAAAUCUAGCUGUUUUCUUCAACAAUUAUUUUUUGCUUCACAUUCUUCCUGAGGUUGGUUUUGUUAUUGACAUUGCGACUAUCUCUUAUAUAAAGAGUUUAAUACAAAUACAACGGAGCUCAACCACUGGACGGGGAAAGUAACAUUACCCAUUCCAGAAUUUGUGGUUGCACACUAAUAAUGCUCAUUUCAGAUAUCAGCCAUUUUUUCAUGCAAAAGGAAUAAAAGCAUGUGCAAAAUCUACUGUGGACAAUCAGAUACAUAGAAAAAGGAAUAAUGUCUCUCUUAACUGAUGCUGUUGAUGCUGCUUUCCAGGGAGCAGGAGCUAACACUGGAUUAGAAAUAUGGUGUGUAGAGAACCUUCAGUUGGUACCAGUCCCAAAGUCUUCACAUGGGAAAUUUUUUUCUGGAAGCACCUAUAUUGUUCUAAAUACAGUUUUACUGAAAAGUGGUCUUCAUCAACAUGAUAUACAUUACUGGUUGGGAAAUAAUGCAAAAGAGGAUGACUCAGCUUUGGUGUCAGAAAAGGCACUUGAGUUAGAUGCGGCCCUCGGGUCUCACGCUGUCCAAUAUCGGGAAGAUCAAGGUCAGGAAACGGGAAAGUUCCUAUCUUACUUUAAACCCUGUAUCAUACCCAUCGAAGGCGUGUUUUCUUCAGGGGUACAGUUUAACAGUGAAACCUAUCAAGUCAGCUUGUUAGCAUGCAAGGGAGAUCAUGCCGUUUAUGUUAAAGAAGUGCCUUUUUCUAGGUCCUCCUUGAACCACAAUGAUGUAUUUAUACUCGACACGGCAUCAAAAAUAUUCCUAUUUAGUGGUUGCAAGUCAAGCACACAAGAAAGAGCUAAAGCUUUAGAGGUUGUUCAGUAUAUCAUAGAAAACAAGCAUAAUGGGAGGUGUGAUGUGACUACCAUAGAGGAUGGGAAAUUUGUUGCUGAUCCUGAUGUUGGAGAGUUUUGGAGCUUAUUUGGUGGCUAUGCUCCCAUUGCCAGGGACCUGCCUUCAACAAUUCAGAAAAAUUCUGAAAUUCCUUCUGUAUACCUAUUCUGGAUUUCUGCCCAAGGACAACUAUGUCAAAUUGGGACUGAUUCUGAUUCGUUAAAGAAAGAAAUGCUUGAUGCAGACAAGUGCUAUAUGUUGGACUGUGGCACUGAGCUUUUUGUUUGGAUGGGAAGAAGCACCUCCAUCAGCGAACGGAAGAAAUCUAUAUCAUCCAUAGAAGAUAUACUGGGUUCUCAGGGCAGGUCAAAAGGCACCCAUAUAACUUUCUUAACUGGAGGCUCUGAAACUGCUGCAUUUAGGUCAUAUUUUGAUGGCUGGCCUCAGACUGUUGAAAACUUGUAUGAAGAAGGCCGGGAGAAAGUAGCAGCAAUUUUUAAGCACCAUGGAUAUGAUGUAAAGGAACUUCCAGAUGAAGACUGGCAACCAUAUAUAAAUUGCAGUGGCACUCUAAAAGUUUGGCGAGUAAAUGGUAGUGAACUUUAUCUCAUUCCAACUGCAGAACAGAAUAAGCUUUUCACUGGAGACUGCUAUAUUGUGCAGUACAUAUAUCCUGGAGAUGAAAAAGAUGAGCUCUUAUUUUAUGCAUGGCUUGGUUGUAAUAGUGUAACAGAAGACAGAGUUGAAGCAAUCUCCCAUAUGAAUGCAAUGGUUGAUUCAAACAAGGGUGCCGCAGUGUUGGCUCAAGUCGUUGAGGGUGAGGAGCCAGUUCAAUUUUACUCAAUAUUCGAAAUAUUGAUUGUCUUCAAGGGAGGAAUGAGUUCACGUUAUAAGUGUUUCAUAUCAGAAAAGGAAAUCACAGACGAAACUUCUGGUGAAGAAAAGAUGGCUCUUUUCCGCAUUCAAGAAUCGGGCCCUAAUAGCAUGCAAGCUGUUCAAGUUGAUCCAGUUUCAGGUUCACUUAACUCAUCCUAUUGUUACAUCUUGCAAACUGGAGCAUCUGUUUUCACCUGGAUUGGGAAUCUUUCCAAAAUUGAUUUUGGGCUUCUUUACAGAAUUCUGGAUGUUUUAAAUCCCACAUGGCAACCUGUAUCAGUUAGGGAAGGUAAUGAACCUGAUGAUUUCUGGAAUGUUCUUGGUGGGAAGGUGGAAUAUCCAAGGGUAAAGGAGACCAAAAGAUAUGAAGAGGAUCCACAUUUGUUUACUUGUACCUCUACAGAAGGUGAUUUCAAGGUAAAAGAGAUCUACAACUUCAAUCAGGAUGAUUUAACUACUGAGGACGUAUUAGUACUGGACUGCUACAGUGAAAUCUAUGUCUGGAUAGGGCGCCAUGCAAAUAUUAGAUCAAAACAACAUGCUCUUACUCUAGGCAUGAAAUUUCUUGAGAUGGACAUUCUUGUUGAAGGGCUAUCUUUGAAGACUCCUAUAUAUGUUGUUUCAGAAGGAUAUGAACCAUCUUUCUUCACGAGGUUCUUUCAUUGGGAUUCCUCAAAGGCACGUAUGCAUGGUAACUCUUUUGAGAGGAAGCUUGCUAUUUUGAAAGGACAGAUGCAAAAGAUGGAAGCACCUCAAAGAAGUGCAUGGAAAGCAAAUGAUACAUACUCCUCUGGAUCUUAUUCCGACCGUUCCCAAAUCAAAACAGUCAGUUCUGACAGGCUUAGAAGAAGUGUAUCUCCUGCGUUCAGUUCUGAAAGACUAAGAAGAAGUGCAUCUCCUGCAUUCAGUUCUGACAGGCUUAGAAGAAGUGUAUCUCCUGCAUCUCCUGGCUCAGGUUCAAAUUUUAAGGCAUCUAGUAACCACAAGUUUUCUAGUUCAACUCCAAUGUCCGGGGAACUCUUUUCAACGGCUUCUCCUGAUCAUGAUAUUGCUGAUGGGUCAUUAGUAUCAGUACAAGUGGAAGAGCCAAGUUCCAUGGAGAAAGUGAGUUCCACAAAGGUUAAUGGAACUGAAGUUGGCGAGGGAUUGGAAACUUUCCCAUAUGAACGAUUAAAAGUGAUGUCCAACAACCCAGUAACAGGAAUAGAUUUGACUAAACGAGAGGCAUAUCUAUCCCAUGAAGAGUUUCAAGAGAAGUUUGGGAUGACUAAGAAAGCUUUCUAUGAGCUGCCUAAAUGGAGACAGAACAAACACAAGAGAUCCCUCCAUCUUUUUUAGGGGAAAUGACCUUGAUAAUGAAGGCAGAUGGCCAUAUUGACGACAAACUUCUUGAUGGGGAUGAAUGGUUCUGUUUUUCAUUUUCCAGAGGAAAUUGAGGCAAAAUUUGCUAAGGUGCUGACAAGCAUUGGACGAUCUUCAAACUCUAGUAACUCCAGUAGCAAAGCAAAACUUGCUAAGUUUGCCAAGAGAUCAGUAAAUUGGUUUACCCCAAAAAUGUCCAAAUGCUAUAUUCUGCUAGAAACAUGGGCAGCCUAGGACAUUCAAAUGCAAAGCAAAAAACAUUUUGUUAAUCAUCUGUUUUCUGUAAAAACAGAAGAAUAUUUAGAACAUGGUAAUCCUCAGACCUCAGAAAAUGAACAUUCUUUUUGCUAUUUUAAUCAUUGUUAUACAUUGUUAAAUACAAAGCCAUACAUCCAGCAGUUGUCAGGUA